GUGCACGCCCUGACAUGUGCUGGUGCGGUGGCCUGGAGACAGAUGGGUGUUGUGGACAUCCUGGAUACCGUGUACUGGGCUGUCUCUCGCCUGGCGCCUCAGAAAGUCAACACUGUCCCUUUACCGAAGAGCGUCGAUCCAUUUCGGUUUCUUCCUUUCCGGAGCUUAGGUCAUGGGUCUGCUAUAGCCGAGGUGAUCAGGGAUCAUUAUUCUGACGAUGUGCACGACCUCCUCGGCGAUGUGUCCAGUGUCUACAUGCUCUGCCACGCCACAUACCAGGCUUUGUGCGCU